UCUUCCUCCUCUCUCUCCACCUCCAUCACCUGCACACGCAAACCCUAUAAAAGACAUCCUAGUCCCGCUCCGAAUCUUCCAAGCUCCGCACAGAACUCCUCCCCUCCCUCUCUUUCCCCACUCGAUCGAAUGGAGAUGGUGCUGCAGCAGAGGGGGAGCAUCGUCAUCAACAACACCGGCGAGGUGGCGACGUGCCGCCUCGGCCCGAGACCGGCCACGCCGCCGACGACGAAGCAGGAGCAGGGGCAGGAGGCGGCGGCGGCGGAGGGGGAGCUCCGGCGGGGCCCGUGGACGGUGGACGAGGACCUGACGCUCAUCAACUACAUCGCCGACCACGGCGAGGGCCGCUGGAACGCGCUCGCGCGCGCCGCCGGACUGAAGCGGACGGGGAAGAGCUGCCGGCUGCGGUGGCUCAACUACCUGCGGCCGGACGUGAAGCGCGGCGACUUCACCGCCGGCGAGCAGCUCCUCAUCCUCGACCUCCACUCCCGAUGGGGCAACAGGUGGUCCAAGAUCGCGCAGCAGCUGCCGGGGCGGACGGACAACGAGAUCAAGAACUACUGGCGGACGCGGGUGCAGAAGCACGCCAAGCAGCUCAACUGCGACGUCAACAGCAAGCGCUUCAAGGACGCCAUGGCCUACCUCUGGAUGCCGCGCCUCGCCGAGCGCGCAGCAUCCCAACAACAAGCCUCCGCCACCGUCUCCGGCGACCGCGGCCUCGGUGUCUCCGCAGCUCCGACGAUGGCGGCCGCGAUGGCCACCGCCUCUCCCAGCAGCGUGGUCACCACCUCGUCCUCGAGCUCGCUCACGUCGUCGGAGUCCACGCACGAGGAGAAGAGCGUGCACCUGCACGGCGGCGGCGGGGAGAUGGUGAGCGGUGGGGACUGGACGAUGCAGGGUGCGGACCAUGAGUUCUGGUCCACGGCGUCGGUGUUGCAGCUUGCCGGCGGUGAUCAGUUCCAGGACAUGCAGGACCUCAGUGGGUGGGUGCAGGGGUUUUCCGAGGGCGUUUCUGAAAAUCUGUGGAGCCUUGAGGACAUCUGGAGGAUGCACUGAAUUAUUUUUGCGCGCGAUUAUAGCGGGUUCAUUGUACGAUAGAAUUGAAGAGAGAGCGAUGAUCAAGGAACGCAAAAUGUUUCUUUUUACUUCUGACUAUGACUAUAUAGCUAUCACUCGGUAGUAGUACAAGUGACUAAAGUUUAAGUUAAUUUCUUCUUUAGUUAUUCUUUCUUUUGUGGUUGCUUCGAUUCUUCCAUGUCGAGUGUUUUUUAAUUUUUGCCAUGUCUAGGGGCUAAAGAGGGAGAGAUCGAUCAACGUUUGUAUGGUGAUAGAUAUGUAUAUAUAUAAAUAUAUUUUACAA